UCCCUGUUCGGGUGGAUCUUCAUGCCCCUAGCAUGGGUGAUGGGCGUGGAUUGGGCGGAGUGCGAGAAAGUGGGCGAGCUGAUCGGCAUCAAGUCCAUCGCGAACGAGUUCCUAGCGUACCAGAGGCUCUCCGAAAUGAAGAAGAACGGCGAUCUGUCGAGACGCGCUGAGAUCAUUGCCACGUACGCCCUGUGCGGCUUCAGCAACCUCAGCUCCAUCGGCAUUAACCUGGGCGGCUUCAGCGCCAUGGCCCCCGGCAGGAAGGCCGACCUGGCCAAGGUCGUCGUGAGGGCCAUGAUUGCCGGAAGCGCGGCCUGCUUCCUCACUGCCUGCGUGGCCGGCACUCUGCUGAGCGACGGUGCGCACGGCGGCGCUGCGACGGCCAUCAACGGAACUCAAGCGGCGUUCACGUAAUUCGACCGUUGUUGGGUCUGCUUUAACGUGGAAAAGUUGGCGUUUUGUAGUAUGCAUCGUAGCUGUGUCUUCAGUGCUAGCAAUACUUGUACAGAGGAUGGUAUUUAUAUGAAUAUUGUUUGUGGUGCUAAAAAUGAUGCCCUAAGGAUCUCUGGAAAAUCCUUGCAGAAUGGUCCGCAUUAUAAGUUAGGAGUAAACAAAAAACGAGAAAGCUCUUAGGACGUUUUGGACGCUAUUUUAUGACUGCCAAGUUGCCGACAGAGGGAUUUACAAGUCUGCUAGCUCAGUAUAAAAGAGAAAUGAGUAUGUGAGUUUUCAUUUGGGUUUUAAAACAGUAUUGUAAUGGUUAGGCACAUAGAAUAUUUUCUAAUCUGAUUUUCAAAUAUAGCCUGUCAACAUGUGGAAUGCACUAUACAGAUGCAGAUGUUUUCUGCCUUGUUAAGUUUGGAAAAAGUUUGUACAUAUGUAUAUCUUUUCGUAAGAAAAGCAUAUAUGAGUAUUUCCUCAAGUGCAGAAAUGUUUGCGCUCAAUUUUGUACAUUCCGAUUUUAUAUAUUCCGGUCCAUACAUUCCAUUAGAUAUAAUUUUAAAGUUUAUUCUUUUACCUCGAAUAUUUUUUUUGCAUAUACUCAAGUAUAUUUUUAGAUCAGUGGCUCCCAGCCAGUAGGGCGCGAAGCCUCGAUAGAAAAAAAUAUUGUAAGCCAGUUUAAUAGGCGUUCGUCAGUGUCCAUGAUAAGAAUAUACUAUUAAACCAUGUUUUCAAGGAAUAUAAUAUUAUGAUUAGGUGGAUAAGGACUGCUGAUUUUUUCUCUUUGCCUAAAAAUAUGUAAUUUAAAGGUUGUGAAACACUAUUUUUGAUAAUACGAUAUGCUGUGUACAGAUAUUAUAUAUUAUAUAUUAUGUAAAGACUGCUGAAUAUUUUUUCUCUUCGCCUAAAAAUGUGUAAUUGAAAGGUUGUGAACAACUAUUUUUGAUAAUACGUCUUGUAAAUAUUUUGAGACUACGAAUCUCAUUAUGGAAUAAAUCUUUUAUUAUACGUGAUAUGAUGUGUACAGAUAUUACAGAUGUAUAUUCAAGAGAAUAUAUUUAUAUGUUUUAAUUCAUAUUGCCUUUAUUGUGGCCAUUCCUUUAGAGGUUGUUAUUUCAAGAAUGAACUGGAUUACUUGCCUGUUUUUUUUUCCAACUUCAUUUUUUUCUUAUUUUAUUAUUGUCAGCCUCAAAUCCUCAGUUCUUAUUUUUCUACAUAUGUCCUUAUGUACAUCCCUGUGUGUAUUAUGUAUAGUGUACUUUAUAAACGCAUGAUCAGUAACACGGAAUACAAUAGGUACCCAGCGUCAACUACAUUUUUUUUUUUUUUUUAGAAAUUUACAUGUACAAGUAUACAAGUGUACAAGUAUUUAACGGUAAGAUAUUUUACGAACAUUUGUAACUUGUGCAUUCUGUUAAUAAUAGGUAUAGUGUGCACUGAAUUCUAAAAUUGGCCGAAGGAAAAGCGAAGCAAAUCUGGAUUAAAUACACAUAGUUUUAAAUGUAGGAAAAAUCCUAAGAACGACCAUGUAAAUAGAGACUUGAAUUUUAAUAGUCCUGGAGUGUGUAUAUAUAACUUCGUUUAAGUUAGCGAAAUCCUUCGGGUUUUUUUUCUUCUGACUUUUAGCUGUUGUAAAUAUUAUAUUUAUAGACUGAUUGUUCCUGAAUAAAUAAAAAAUUUGUUCAAUGAUAAA